AUGGAAUUACAAGUAAGAGACGAAAGUGAAUGGAAGAUCAUUUCAUACGUGCAGAUAGCCGUCUAUAUUUUGGCCACGAUUCUGGUAAUCGUCCUACUUAUACAGAGAUUUACUUCGAAGGCUAGAGGAGUGUUAAUCAAGCAGUCAUUUAUCUUCAUUUUUAUAUUUAAUCAUGUCAAGGUCGCUGGAGCAAUUUGCAUGAUUGUGUUUUUCCACCAAACAAAAGCUAGCGAGGGUUUAACAAUUGCUACAUAUAUCUUGAACAAUGCAAGUUUGGGUUUUUUGAUGAAGUCUGUCAUGCCUAUAGCAAUUCGUGUGUGCUUUGACGAGUUUACUGUGGUUAAAGAAGAUGAGUGGAAGCUGGAUCAAGGAACACAAAAGGGUACUCCUCAGCGAAAUAGAAUAGCCCAUUUAAUGACUUUGUUAGUUACUGCAGGUAUUGUAACCACAGUUGUUGGAAGUGCUUGCUUGACGAGCGAUAUCAGUACUGCAAACUCUUUGUUUAAAGCUAGUGGCCUUAUAUUUUUAGCGGCUGUUGUUAUAAUGACAGCUGUUGUCUUAAUUAGUUUGCGAAAAGAGAGCGAAUAUGGUCUGGUUAACAAAUUUUUGUUGGUUUGCUCAGCUUUUCUUUUGAUUCGGUGUAUUUACAGUGUUGUUUCCGCAUUUGCAGGAAUGGAUAUAUUCUCAAAUCCAAGCAAAUAUGUUUUUCUUUUCGGAGAAUACCAAUACUAUUGUUUCAUAGCUUUUAUUGAAGAAAUUUUAACAAAUUUGACGAUCAUUUCAACGACGUACUAUCUUGCCUACAAGGUUAUGGACUUUUGA